AUGGCUACUCUUGUUCUGCCUGAAGAUGUAAUCUUUCAAAUUUUGAUAUGGCUCCCUGUACAAUCUCUGUUGCGAUUCAAAUUUGUGUGUACAUCAUGGUAUUCCCACAUUCAAUCGUCUCACUUCAAACAGUGCCAUGCCACUACUACGACUACUAAUGUGGUGGACAAGAACUCCAAGUUUGGCAACACCUUCAUCUGCCAACAUGAAACGCUAGUACCUACACCUCCGUUUUGUUUGCUUUCUGACGAAGGGUUCAAGGAGUUGGAGGAUCUAGGGAAACAACCAUGUUUAAAAGAUGCGAUACAAUCUGGUGUCAUAGACAUGGUGGACUGUGUUCAUGGAAUAAUUUGCAUGUACAACAGGAUAACUAGGGAUAUUGUUCUUUGGAACCCUGCUACGAGACAAUGUAGACUUCUUCCAAAGUCGUCCAAUGGAAACCCCAAGGUUAGGCAUUACCAUCAUGAUUUUGUUGGACUCGGUUUUGAUGUUGAAACUAAGGAUUACAAGGUGAUACAAGUCUCUUCUCUCGGGCCCCAAAAUGAAAAUUGGUUUGGGAGCCUUGAUAUCCCGCGUAAAGUUGAGAUGUACUGCCUAAGUACUGAUUCCUGGAGGUUGCUAGACUCAGAUUUCCGUACUCAUUGUUGUAUUCCGGCAUUAGGAGAGAGUUUGAAUGGUAUUUAUUACCAUCUAGGUUCGGACUACACUGCAGAAGCCGAUAAGUAUGUGAUUUUGUCAUUUGACUUGAGCAAAGACAAAUACCAAAGAGCACUACAUAUUCCAGAUGGUAACUCUCCUGUAUUACAAUCAAUAGGUGAUAAACUAGCUUGCAUUACGACCCCUUCUGGAUUCCACAAGGUGUGGUUGUUGAGUGAUUACGAUAUGGGGAAGGAGCUGUGGACUGAGCUUUACAGAGUUUAUUGGACUGAGCCACGUCUCCAAAAAUUCAAACGGGUUACAGCAUCCUUGCAAUUCUUUGGAAUGGAAAGUUGGGUUUAUUCAUCGGCAGAACUUGGGUAUUGUACAAUUUUAUUACUGAUGAGUUUGAGGAUCUUGGUUUUGGAGAAGGAUUCUCUAGUCCUACGGCUGCUAUCUAUAAGGAAAGCCUUGUUUCUGUCAACGCAGCAACUAAAGCUAUCUCCUCUUAAUCAUUUCCAAGGACUAGGACUAUAUAGUUAG